GGAACGGCGGCGCUGAGGGGCGGCGGAGGAGCGGGGCCGGCCCUGAGGUGAGGACGGCGGAGAAGGGCCGUGGCCGCUGGGAACUGGAGAAAUGGCCACCACACAAUCUGUCUUCACAUUUGCUCUCUGCAUUUUAAUGAUAACUGAAUUAAUACUGGCUACAGAGAGCUACUAUGAUAUCUUAGGAGUUCCAAAAAAUGCAUCUGACCGCCAGAUUAAGAAGGCAUUUCACAAGCUGGCUAUGAAAUAUCACCCAGACAAAAAUAAGAGUCCUGGAGCAGAAGCAAAAUUUAGAGAAAUUGCUGAAGCAUAUGAAACAUUGUCAGAUGAGAAUAAACGGAGAGAAUAUGAUCAGCUUGGCCGUCAUGGAGGAAAAGGAAGUAAUGGAAGCCCAUUCCAUCAGUCAUUUAAUUUCGACUUUGACGAUCUGUUCAAAGACUUUGACCUAUUUAGUCAAAACUCGCGGUCAAAAAAGCACUUUGAAAAUCACUUCCGAAGUCAUCGUGAGGCUCAUAAUCGGCAAAGACGUUCUUUCCAAGAGUUUUCUUUUGGAGGUGGACUGUUUGAUGAUGUGUUUGAAAAUAUGGAAAAGAUGUUUUCAUUCAGUGACUUUGAAAAUGCACACAGACAUGCGGUGCGAACUGAUGCCAGAUUUCAUGGAUCCAGCAAGCACUGCAGGACUGUCACUCAGAGACGAGGAAACAUGGUUACCACGUACACUGACUGUUCUGGACAAUAAUGUUUCCUUUCUUCUAAACUUUUCUUCUUUUCUCAACAUCUUCAUAACCUUUCUUGGUUUUGUGCUAACAUGGAAGAAAUUCUCUGAACUGUAUUUUCUAAAAAAACACUCAAACUACUAUAAAGAAGUUGUAGAUGAAACUAAUCUUCAGAAUAGAAACAACAUCCUGUUGGGAAGUAAAUGUGUCAACAACUACUUAGAAUGGGAGUGAAAUAAUCUCAUGUAACAGAAAAAAUUAUAUAUAUUUCAGUUUAGUAAACACUUUCCCUAAAUUGAGCGCAAGUUAUAGUUUUCAUUUCAGAAAUGUAAUACAAUUUUUUUUCAUAAAAGCCAGUUUAAGACUGAUUGAAUUACUGGUGCGUGGAUUGGAGCAGAGGAGAUACUUUAAUUUUGACGUGCUGCUUUUUUUUUUUUUUAAGUCAUGUCUUUCUUACUUUGCACUUGCAUUUUUUACCUGGUACAGAUUUACUGUGCAAAUUACAUAAUUUACACAAAGUAGCAGCAGAAAUAUGACUCUCCUGGGUCUUUGUUACUCUCUCUAGCAUUGCAAAAGUAUUAGUAAAACCCUUACCCUUUUUGAAGUUGGAAAAUAGCAAGGGAAUAUGUUAAGACAGUGAGUGGUGUAGGAAUUAGUUUUUAUUUCUGAAUUGGCCUGAAACGAUCUUAGGAUUUAAAUAACCCUUGAUUUAUUUAGGGGAUAUGGAGAUACUCAUGUAUGUAAAUUUGUGUGCACACAAAGUUUUUGUUUUGGUUUUUUUUUUUUUCCCCUUUCUUCCACAAUACAAAUCUCUCUAACAAGGUUUGGAAGGGUAUGCCCAAAACACUCUUGUUUUGUGCUUACUAUAUUACCACAUGUGCACUCACUUACAACUCACUUUAUCGAACUAAAAUAUCCCUCUGAGAUACUAGGGACUUCAGUAAGAUAAGCUUGCCUACAGAUUCAUGGUGUUCUUGAAAGGGUCUAAAUAAAAGGUACAGUGUUUAGAUUGACAGAUUUAUUACCUGUCAGCAGGAAUUCUUCAGGGUUGUGGUUUGAAAGGUAAAUUCAUAGCCUGACCACAGAGUAAAACUGAAAAUUACAAUCCUCAUGUUCAUCCAAUGCCUUGUGGGGCUGGAAACUGCUAAUAAGUACUAAUGGGUAUUGAUUUUACAACCAUGGAAACCCACAACGAGCGUAAAAACUAUUUAAAACUAAAAAGGAAGGAAAAACCAGCAGAUAAUGCUGCACAACAAAGCCUCCAAAUACUUUAGGUGAUGUCAAUCAAAAAGUUCUGUUGUAACUCUCUAACUAGUCGUACAGGCUUAGUAGGUUAAAUUGGCUGUCCCUUUAGUAAUGUGAGGUAAGAAUUUACCUUUCAGGUUGAUUGCAUGAGCAAAAUAAGCAUUUUAACUAGCAGUGUUCUAAAUAGGCUUUGAGUUCUUAAAAUCUUUAUUAAGAUUUAACCCUUUGCUUCUCAGAUGGAUAUUGAAAGCUGCCUAUUUGCUAAGGAACUUUAGCCUUCCCCUCAAGUGUACAUAUUGUUGUUCAGUUUUCAUUGCCUAAUCCUUGGAAUGGAUUGUUGCAGUAAGUGCUUUUCCUUUUCCAUGUUCUUUAUUUAUUAAUAGACUAAUACCUCAUAUAUGGUCUUUAUUAAAAGCCAGUAAUUUGUGCAACAUUAUCGGAAUGUGCAAUAUUCUUAUAGUAGGAAAAGUGUUGGACUGAGUGUGGUUUUUUCACCCUUUUCCUGUGUAAGUAAAGAUUUUUGUUUCUUCUGUAUAAUUAAUAUAUGAUUCAAGCAAAAGUUGUACUUUGUGUAGAUUUCUGCAUUUAUUUUCUUUAACAUACUCCAUUAGUCCUGUGCAUGAAUCAUACUAUCUGCCCUAUUCAUAUUAUAUGGGCAUCCAAGUGAACAAAUUAUUAACUUAAAGUUACUUAAAGUGGAGUUAAAGUUGAAAUUAUUAACUUAAAGUUGUUCCUCUCACAAAGAUUAAGUAUUAAACAUGAGAGUAUUUCUGCAUGUCUUUUGGUGGGAGGAUAUUCCAGCUCCAGAAGUGGGAUUCAAAGGUAAAAUACUAAUGCGUUUCUUAGUCUAGUGAAUAUUUUUCAUAAUUAAAAAAAAUGGAAAUAAUAGAAUGAGCAAUUCACUUGGGUUCCUUUCUGAACUCUGAAUUAGAGGGACUGAAAGCUAAAAUGGACACUGUUAAUUGUAGGAAACACAUUUCACUCCACAAACUCAAGUCAUUUAAGUGACUGUAUAAAUUCACAAUCUUUUGAGCUAAACUUUUGGAUGAAAGCAAGGGUCCUGGCUGCUUCUAGAGUGGUUACCCCUCUUAAAGAAUGCUCUGAAAUUAGUAUUAAGUGUACUUGUUUUCCUGAUCUCUUCAAAGUGUAGGUAUGAAACUGAUAAGAAAACCAAUAGAGUGGCUAUUUUUUUAGCUGAUCUGCCUUAAAAAACCCUUCUGCUUAGCCUAUUUUAACUUGAUGUCAUAUUAUUUCUCUUAAUUAUGGAAAAACAACAAAUGCUUUCCAUUAUUUCUGUGGCUUCUCCAAGUCACCUUUCUGGUUGUUUUUGUUGUUGAUCCAAGGUCAGAUCCAAAGGAAAGCUUGUCGUAUUGCAGAAAGCAGUGUGUGACUGUCCCUGUGAUUUUCUAUGAUGGGUUUGCUUUGAAUAGACUUUAGCCAGGGAAAUUCAGGCAGGCUUUCCUCAGCCAAGAGUCUUCACUUUCAUGGCCCUCAGAACACAAGCUUGCAAAACAUGUUGUGCUUCUCACUUAUUUGGAGCUCUUGCACAUUCUUUCCCUAUUUAUAGUGUUUGCUGCAUGGCAGGCUCUAGCGGAAGUCCUGGUAUAACCUUAUGACAUCCCUGACUUCAGAGUUUCUUAAGUGCCAUCUUUGAUCUUUAAAUCUUAUGAAAAUACCCAGCAAAACCAGUUUUUGUUAGAUAAGACUAAAAAUAAAAUCAUGAGCAACUUAUUGAAAGUAAUUUAUGCAUAUGUAACUCCAAAUUAUUUAGAUUUCAAAACUACCAAAAAAGUGUUUUUUUCAUGUUUGUUUUCUUCCCAUUAUACUUUUGAAACACAGUAUCUAGUGGAGAUAAAAGUACUGUAAUGUUAAUUAAGAGUGCCAUUACAUUAAACAUGUGAAAAUUAA